AUGAAAUUCUAUCCUAAGGCUGAAAAGAGCAGUUUAGCAUAUCACCUAAAGGAAUAUAAACUUGAUAACAAGCUGAAUAUGCAUAUUCAUCAUAUGUUUAAGUAUUAUGAAAGGGUGUUAAAAGAAACCAAUACUACAACAGCCGAGCAGAUGCGUGAAAUAGUUGAAUAUUGUAUUAUUGAUACCAUUAGCUGUCAGCGAUUAAUGGUAAAGUGUAAUGCAAUUAAUGAGUACAGGGAGGUGGUAUCUGUAGCCUUCAUAUCAUUAUAUGAUUCACAUUAUUUUGCAAUAGAAAUGAAAAUGCAAAAUCUUUUAAGUGCCGAAACAGUGAAAUACCCUGGAGCUUAUGUUUUCCUACUGUAUACUGAAUCUCUAAAGAAAAGAGAUAAAAAUUUUCAUGAAAUUAAUUUCAAAUACAAUGAGGAGUUGCUUAUUAGACGAAAUUCUCUAAAAAGACAUCUUGCUCUAUUAAAUGAUAGAAAAGAAGAAUUAGAAAAGAAGAUUAGUUUAACAGAAGCAAGGGGUGAGGACGUUACAGAUGUUUUAAAAUCUGAAAACUCUUCAGUUUCCUUUAUUAUCGCCUGUCUAAAUGCAAAAUCACUUGCUUUAAAAGUGUAUAUAAAUACGUUUUAUAGUGAAGCUGGGAAUAGCAGAUUCCCUUUCUUCUUGUGA